GUUGGCCGGCCGCGGGAGAAGCGGCUGAGGGAAACCCCACGGAAACCGGAGCAGGAGCAGGAAUCAGUCCUCCACGCCAGAGACGCCUCUGCCCUCGCUGCUCACUCGGCCCUAUCUCCACUCAGCGGCCCUCCCGGGACCGCCCCCUCCCUGCCGUGGCCAUGGGGAACAUCUUUGGGAACCUUCUCAAGAGCCUCAUCGGGAAGAAGGAGAUGCGCAUUCUGAUGGUGGGGCUGGAUGCAGCCGGCAAGACCACCAUUCUCUACAAGCUGAAGCUAGGAGAGAUCGUCACCACCAUCCCCACCAUCGGCUUCAACGUGGAGACGGUCGAGUACAAGAAUAUCAGUUUCACGGUGUGGGACGUGGGCGGCCAGGACAAGAUCCGGCCCCUGUGGAGGCACUACUUCCAGAACACCCAGGGGUUAAUCUUCGUGGUGGACAGCAAUGACCGGGAACGGGUGAACGAGGCCCGAGAAGAGCUGAUGCGGAUGCUGGCUGAGGACGAGCUGAGGGACGCUGUGCUCCUUGUCUUCGCCAACAAGCAGGACCUCCCCAACGCCAUGAAUGCCGCCGAGAUCACAGACAAACUGGGCCUGCAUUCCCUGCGCCACCGCAACUGGUACAUCCAGGCCACCUGUGCCACCAGCGGCGACGGGCUCUACGAGGGUCUGGACUGGCUCGCCAACCAGCUCAAGAACAAGAAGUGA